GCGAAAGGGAGCAAGGGAGGAGUGCAGUACACUGGGGAUUGAAGAUGGUACCUGCACUCCUAUUGUCGGUCAGGGAGCACCUGCUGAGCCAUUUGCCGGAUUACCUGCUUGUAGCAGCACUACUAUCUAGUGUUGUGUUUUUGGCAUUGAGGCGGAGGAGAACUUGGAGGAGUGAUGUGUCUAUUCGACGUUCCUCGAUUGAGAAGGGGCCAGCGAGGGAACCUGGUGGUAUGCUGAUGCUACUUCAUCUUCUUCCCCUAACGUGAAGGCAAUUAUCUGACGAACAUAACAAUUCUCUAGUCUGGAUACCACUGGACUUUAAAUCCCCCGCCCCGCCACCAUACCCAGACUGGGACAUCAAUACGACAAAACCUCUCCCAUAUCGCCCCUUCCGUUAUGGUCCAAAGUACCCUCCCUCUCCCUCUUCCUCUCCCCCCCCUCCCGUAUUAACCUCGUGCAAAGAUACAACAUAACGAUGGGCCUCCGCAAAAUGCCCUUCGAAGAAUGGAUAGAACUAGACAACCAAUUCCCAACCUACCACUCCAUCAGGGCCUCCCGAAUCCUCUCUCGGGGCGCUCAAGCCAGCACCACAAAUACAGCAGCCUACGACGCUGCCAUGGAGCUCCUCGAGCUCCUCGUCGACUACCUCCCCGCGCGCUACCCCUCCCUCUACACCCGCACGGGGGCCGGCAUGCACAACACGCACACUGGUGAAACCUUCGACAUCACCGUGAUACCCCUCGGCGAAGACCCCAUGCAGAUGGCGGCUAGGAUGGUGCAGGACGAUCUUGCCAUCAUGAUGGAGGGGAAGGACGGGCAGUACUAUUUGCAAGCGGGGAGUAUCCUCCUCGCGGGCUUUUGGCGACUGGGGGAUAAAUUGGGGAUGCCGUUGGAUGAGAUACACACCAGUGGUGAUGUACCAGGUUAUAGGGAGAAGCUGGCGAAGGGGAUGAAUAGUUUUUUCUCGAGGGUUAUGCCGGGAGGGCCUGUUGUUAGAAAUAAUGUAUGCUUUCCCUCCAUCAGUAUCAGUAUCAGGGAUAGGAGGGAGGGGGAGGGGAGGGGGGACUAAUGCGGAAUCGGUAGUAUUUUAUGCAAGCGGACGACUGCCUUGCCUGGUCUCACAGCAUCGGCCCUGAAGACGGUGGACGGAUCGGGUGGCACACAAGUGGGGCCAACAAGGGCAUCGAGCAUUACCAUUUCAGGUCCGAAAGGCAGACAUUGAGGAGGUUACCGAGGAGUGGGGGGGUGGUGAGAAUCCACUUCGGCUCUUUUCUCCCGCUAUGCUGACUGGGGGGACGGGAAAUGGUCAGGUAUUCACGAUACGUACAUACUUCCUUCCUAUCACUGAAAUGGCCAAGGAACCGUACGUCCCCGGCCGAUUGGCUUCCGCGAUACGCAGUUGGGGCGACGACGUCGCAAAGUAUAAAGGUCGGGAUCGCUGGCAGGACGUACUCCUGGCCUACCUGGACAAGGAGCACGAACGGCAGAUGGCCGAGGGACUGGAACCUGAGAAGGAGGAAUAUGUAUAUCCUUAC